CGGUCGUUGGGUUUUUCUCAUUGUUAAAUUUUGUGGUGACCGUCGCCAUCGUUAGUACUCAACUCGACGAUUCUUUUUGUUAUUAUUGUUGGUUUUAAUUUAAUCUUUUUCAAUUUGUUGUAACUUAAUAAAUGACACCACAUUAUUAUCCUCGCAGAGCUAAGAAGCUAUUUUUGUUAUUACUAACGUGAACUGACGUGUUAAUAUAAAUUAAAUCAAAACUGCUGUUGUCACUUGGUCAUUGUGAAUAUAUUAGUGUGUAUUUCAGGUUUUAAUAUAAAGUAGCUGAUUAAUAAAAUGGGUACUUAUUUGAGUAAACCAAAAACUGACAAAGAAUCAAAAGAUUAUGAGAACAGUUCCUUGAUAUGCGGUGCCAGUUCUAUGCAAGGAUGGCGUGAAAGCCAAGAGGAUGCUCAUUGUUGUUUAUUGGAUUUUGAUAAAAACAUUUCACUUUUUGCUGUUUUUGAUGGUCAUGGUGGCGCAGAAGUAGCUCAAUAUGCAGCUGAAAAAUUACCUUCUCUCAUAAAAAAUGAUUUGUUUGAGAAAGGUGAUUAUGAAAAAGCUUUAAUUAAAGCAUACUUGGAAUUUGAUGACAGUUUAAUCGAACCAUCUGUUCUUGAAAAAUUAAAUGCUAUUCGAGAAGAAAACAAUCAAGCAGAAGAUGAUGAAAAUGAUGGAGAUGAAGAAGAAGAAAGUGAAGAAUUGAAUGAACUGUACAAAGAAGCAGAUAUGCCUAUUGAAGAUAUCAUAUUGAAAUAUAAAAAUAAAAUAAUGUCUAAAGUAGAUGCAGUAAAUGCACUGGAUCAACCAGGAUCAUCUAAAUUACCAGCUUCUCCAUUUCUUAAAGCACCACAGAGACCAAAAUCAAAGUCAACUAGUGAAGAUGAUUCUAAUAAAGAAAAGUGCACUGCUGAUAGUACAAAUGAGUCAGAGGCUAAUUCUUCCGAAACUCUUGUGACAACAAAUGGAGUUAGUGAAAAAGAAUCUGAAGCAAGUAUUCAAAUAAUUGAUUCUUCAGAUACCAAAGUUAAUGGUACAUCCAAUUCAACUAAUGAAAAUAAUGGAGUAGAAGAAUCCAUUCCAGAGAGUAGUGUGGGUGAAUGUUGUCCUAGCAGUAGUAAAGGUCAAAAUGGUAGUGGAGAUAGCUCUUCAUCUGCUCGUUUGAUUGCUGAUGAUUCAGAUGAUAGUGACUCGGAUGAUGAAAUAUUUGAAGCAUCUAUUAACACCAAUGAUGAAUCAGAUUCUGAAGUAAGUGAUGAAGAAGAUGUAAAUGAUGAAGAAGAUGAUUCAAUUGUUUGUGAAGAUGACGAUGAAGAAGAAGAGCCUGGAAAAGACAGUGGCUGCACAGCAGUUUUAGCACUUUUGGUUAAUAAUAAACUAUAUGUAGCCAAUGCAGGUGAUUCAAGGUGUAUUGUUUCACAAAAUAAUAUAGCUCAUGAUUUGUCAGAAGAUCACAAACCAGAAGAUGAACUUGAGCUAAAAAGGAUCAUUGCUGCUGGUGGAACUGUAUCAAAUGAUGGAAGAGUUAAUGGGGGUUUGAACUUAUCUAGAGCACUCGGUGAUCACAACUACAAAAAAAAUAAAGAACUAUCAAAUACUGAACAAAUGAUUACUGCAUUACCAGAUGUUAAAGUUAUUGAUCUGAAACCAGAAAAUGAAGACUUCUUGAUCAUAGCAUGUGAUGGAAUUUGGAAUUCAUUGACUAGUCAAGAAGUAGUUGAUUUUGUUUCUAAACGUAUCAAUACAGCAGAUGUAAAUUUGUCAUCAAUUUGUGAAGAAUUAUUUGAUGAAUGUUUGGCACCUAAUACAUUUGGUGAUGGAACAGGCUGUGAUAAUAUGACGUGCAUAAUAGUAAAGUUAAAGCAGAAUCAGAAACGUUUGCGGUCAGAUGAUGACGAGGAAGUAUCUGAAAAUGUUGCUGAUUGCAAACGACCUAAAUUAGAUUCAAUUGAAUCUGAAUCGGUAUACUAAUGUUCCUUCUUAAUUUGAAUGUGUGACGAGUUGUUUGUAUUUGUUUCUAAAUUUUACACAAACACCUACGACUGAUUUAUGGAUAAAAAUUUGUUUUUUAAGUUAAAAUUGUAAUAGAAAUAAAAAAAACUGUCUUUUUAAUUUAUAACUGUAAAAUUAUUGUAGUUUACUGUUUAGUGUUUAGGUUAACUAUUAUAUUUUUCAUAAUUAAAUUUUCUUACAAAAAUCAA